AUGGGGGCACAGAGACGAGAUUUUGGGGUUGAAAUGGCGAGUCGGAGCUGUAGAAAUGGAUUGGGAAUUCUGCUGAUGUGCUUAGUGGAUUUACUUGGAAUUGCGGCGACCAACAUGGAGCCUAUCUAUUGGAAUUCCCUGAACAAAAGGUUUAAGGAUGAUAAGGGCUACGUUCUGUACCCUCAGAUUGGGGAUCGGUUGGAUCUCAUCUGUCCGGCGUCGGACCCCCCGAACCAGCGCGCCCCCGCCGAAUACGAGUAUUACAAGUUGUACCUGGUGUCGUCACGGGAACAGGCCGACCGCUGCGAGGUGACGGGGGCGCCCAACUUACUCCUCACCUGUGACAAACCCAACAGCGACAUGCGCUUCACCAUUAAGUUCCAGGAGUACUCGCCCAAUCUGUGGGGACAUGAGUUUAAAACCAUGCACGAUUAUUACAUCAUCGCGACAUCAGACGGUACCAGGCAGGGUCUGGAGAGUAUGAGAGGAGGAGUGUGUGCCACUCAGGGCAUGAAGGUGGUCCUCAAAGUCGGACAGAAUCCUUACGGACUGCCCCCUAAAUCGGCGAAACCGGACACAGCGGGCCGCACCACCUCCAGAAUCCCAGGUGGUAAAGGAAACGUCACGCAUCCCAGAGUUUCAAGCGGAGACAAUUCCGGGGGAGGCGAGAACGGGCCCCUCCCCCCCUCCAACGUGGCGCUGAUCGCGGGCGCGGCGGGAGGCUCCGCCUUCCUCCUGCUGGUCACGGCGGUGAUCUGCGUGGUUUGUUACCGUCGGCGACACUCCAAGCACUCGGAAUCCCAUCACCCUCCGCUGUCCCUGUCGUCCCUCACGAGCCCCAAACGCGGGGGCGGCGGAGGGGGAGGGGGGAACAACAACGGCUCGGAACCCAGCGACAUCAUCAUCCCCCUGCGGACUUCGGACUCUGCCUACUGCCCACACUACGAGAAGGUGAGCGGGGACUACGGGCACCCCGUCUACAUCGUGCAGGAGAUGCCACCCCAAAGCCCCGCCAACAUCUACUACAAAGUAUGA